AUGCCAAGUAAUGCCCCCUUUGGAGGAUUGAACGCCUCCGACAGCAAUCAGAAGCCAAAACCACACGUUUUGAUCAUUGGCGCCGGCAUUUCUGGCCUUGUCCUCGCUCAAUCUCUCCAACUCCAUUCGAUCCCCUUCACCAUCUUCGACCGCCAGCCAGGUCCAACGGAUCGAGACAAGAAGGAAAAUCUGGGUUGGGGCUUGACCAUUCACUGGUUCCUGGCUGCUCUCCGCUCUCUCCUGCCUGAGGAACUGGUGCAGCGAUUACCGGAGACAUACGUCGAUAGGAAAGCCGUUGAGGAUGGCCGAACGGGAACUUUCCCCUUUUAUGAUUUGAGCACAGGGGAAUUGAAUCUUCUGUGCCAGAGGAGGAGAUUGAGGGAGUUGCUCGGAGUGGGUGUCGAGGUGAAGUGGGAUAAGAGCGUCACCCAAGUCGAUAACCGAGAGGACUCUGUCACCGUGACAUUUGACGAUGGGACAUCAACCUCGGGGACUCUUCUCGCGGCUUGCGAUGGUGCCAACUCAGUGAUUCGCCGUGCUUUGUUCCCGGACGAGCAGUAUCCGAGGUACCGAAUUCCAGUGAGAGUGAUGGGUGUCAGACUCGACUGCUCAAAGGAAGAAAUCGAGCCGGUAAGGACGCUUGAUCCGUUUUUCUUGCAAGGGAGUUGUCCUGCGACGAUGUCGUAUGUUUACAUCAGCGUCCUCGAUGCACCUGGGAACAACCCUGAUAAGCGGACGGACAAGUAUACCGUCCAGGUGGUUGUCUCAUGGCCCAUCCGCAGCGGCGUGCUUGGGCAAUCGUCACCGGUCCCGGUUCCCGAAACCAAUAAUGAGAAACUCAGGCUUCUCAAGACGUUUGCUGAAUCGUGGAGCGAGCCGUUCAAAUCACUUGUCUGUAACGCUCCUGAAGACACUGAAGUCAAACGUCUUGACCUGUCGGACUGGGCGCCGCCAAAGGGUCUGCGAAGUACAGGUCGAGUGACACUUGUGGGAGAUGCCUUGCAUCCUAUGGCUAUGUACCGCGGCGAGGGUGCCAACCAUGCCAUCUUGGACGUCCUGGAGUUUGCGCAACAAGUACUCCCACAUCUGGAAGACACGACUGCUGAGUUUCGGAGUGCAAUCGACAGGUAUGAGGACUCGGUGGUUGCCAGAGCGCGUCCGGCGGUGUUUGCUUCCCGACAAGCGUGUAUUGAUGCGCACUGGUGGGAACGGAUUAGCGGCAACAGUCCUCUAUUGAGCAGACGAACUCCCAAUGUGGAAUACGAGGAGGAGGAUGUUCGUCUAUGGUCCGACUGAGUAGCGACGACAAAGAGUUCGCGUUGAAGCUACAAUCGCCCGCGGGGAGAGAGGGGAAAGCAGUGAUGCUCACGGGAGGUAUUGGGCAGAGGAAAGGAAGAGAAACAAUCGUUCAUCGCCCAGUCAUAAAAAUCAGCAAAAAAAGUAAUUUCGCAGUUGCUGUGGAUAGGCUCAGUGCCCUAACACAUCACAUCGUUCUUGCCAUCUUCUACCCUCAAAGUCGCUCCUUCCCCUUCGUUCCCCAAUCAGCUUGGAUAUGCGGCGACAAAAAGGGAAGUGGAGCAAAAAACAU